AUGUCUGAGAGAGGCAACUUCAGAGGCCGUGGGGGAGGAGGAGGAGGAGGACGAGGAGGCGGUGAGCGAGGUCGUGGAGGGGGUGGAAGAGGGGGAGGACAUACACAAGGUGCUGAGAAGCCGAAGAAAGAAAAUAUAUUAGAUUUGGCCAAGUAUAUGGACAAAGAGAUUAUGGUAAAGUUUAAUGGGGGGAGGGAGAUACAAGGGACUCUGAAGGGUCACGACCAGUUGAUGAAUCUGGUGCUUGAUGAUGUUCAGGAGAUGCUGAGAGAUGACGAAGGCAACACAUCCACCCGCUCCCUUGGCCUCAUAGUGGCUCGCGGAACACUGCUCGUACUUAUAAGCCCACUGGAUGGAAGCGAGGAGAUCGCGAAUCCCUUUAACAACCAGGAGGAGGACUAG